UAAAUUUCUUAGUGUAUGGUUUACGAAACAUUUUAAUCAUGGAUGUGAAAAAAACUAGUGUAAGGGUUAACUUUAAUUGUAGUAUAUGUGAUAAACAUUUUUACGAUAAAAGUAAUUUAAAUCGGCAUUUAAAAACGAUUCAUAGUGUACCUAACCCACCACAAGAGAAUCAGAUAAAUGUAAAAGAUGAUGGACAAGAAAGUGUUACUAAAGUCCAACAGUGUGAUAUAUGUGGCAAAAACUUCUUUGAUAUGAGUACAUUAAAUAGACACUUACAAAAAGUACACAAAUUAAAUGAAAAUAAAUGUGUGAAAAACUCUAUCCUUUGCUUAGAAUGCAACAGCAAAUUCUUAAAUAAAAAACUUUUAAUUGAGCAUUUAGUUAUUAAGCAUAAUUUUGAGGACGAUUGGUAUGAACAUACAUUUUGUUCUUUAAAAGAUUUCCAGUCCUGGAUACUUAAUAUUGAACAAGAAAAUAAAACACAAUAUGUACGUAAGAAGGGAAAAUGUGUGAAAAAUAAUUGUACAGUGAUUUAUUAUGAGUGUAAUCGUUCAGGAACAUUUAAAAGCAAAUCUUCGCAGAUCCGGAAUCAAAAAACACAGGGCACUCAGAAAAUUGGCUUUUCAUGUACCAGUCAUCUAAAACUGAAAGUUUGCAAUGAAACAAAUAAUGUAUCAGUAAGAUAUUUUAAAACUCAUUAUGGACACGAUUUACAACUUCAACACAUCCGAAUACCAAAAAGUGCAAGGAACGAUAUUGCUGCCAAACUUGUGUUAGGAGUGUCAGUUCCAAAGGUAGUCGAUACUAUUCGUGACAGUAUAGGACAAGGUGGUGAUUUACAACGUUCUGAUCUAAUCACAAAAAAAGACAUAUAUAACAUCAAAAAAUCUUUUCAAAUUGACAUUGUAGAUGGGUUACGCCAUUCUGAUGAUGCCACAAGUGUGGCUCUGUGGGUUAAAGAAUGUGAUAAAAAUAAUCCAGUUCGGUUUUUUAAACCACAAGGGUCAGACGAUCUUGAGUAUGGAUUGAAUAUAUCCGAUUUUUGUCUGAUUAUUAUGAAUUCAUUUCAAAGUGAUACACUAACAAAAUAUGCAUCAAAGUUUGUUUGUAUUGAUGGUACCCAUGGUACAAAUCCCUAUGAUUUUGAAUUGACAACAGUUUUAGUUGCCGAUGAAUUUGGCGAAGGAAUGCCAGUUGCGUUCAUGAUUUGCAAUAGAAAAGACACAGCUACAUACGAACUAUUUUUUAAUGUUAUAAAAAAUUCAUCUGGUAGCAUAAAUACUCUUACGUUUAUGACUGAUAUAACAGAAACAUAUUACAAUGCUUGGAGGUCUGUAAUGGGAGACGUGCCAAAUCGCCUUUUUUGCUCAUGGCACAUUGACAGAGCAUGGAGAACGAAUUUGGCAAAAAUUUCAUCAGCCACCUCGGAACAAUCUGUACAUAAACGAAAAGAUGUAUAUAAGUUCCUUAAAAAUGUUCAAACUUGUCUCUCGGUUGAAGAAUUUCAAUACCAGUACAACAACUUCAUAAAUUAUCUUCAAGAAGAUCCAGAUACUAGUCAUUUUUAUAACUACUUUACCAGUUAUUAUGGACAUAAUCACUCUUUAUGGGCGUAUUGUCAUAGAAAAGGAUUGGGAAUUAAUACAAAUAUGUAUUUGGAGUCUAUGCACCGUAUUAUAAAAUAUGAAUAUUUAGAUGGCAAAAAAGUUAAACGUUUAGAUAAAUCACUGCAUAAUUUAAUGCGAUUUACACGUGACAAGCAAGUGGAGUGGAUAAUUAAAGUAACUAAAGGAAAAAAUACCAACAAAAUUAAUUCGAUUAACCAAAGUCAUCAAAAGGCUCUCCACGCUAAACUUAGUGCACAUGAAGUAAAUGAAGAAGGUUCGAAGAAAUGUACGGUUCAGAAUAUAGACAAUAGUAAUGUAUACACAGUAGAAGAACGAGCACAUGGCAUUUGUUGUAGUUUGACAUGUCAAAACUGCAGCAUAUGCUAUCAUUCUUACAGCUGCACUUGUACCAAUUAUUUUAUACAAAGUAAUAUAUGCAAACAUAUACAUUUUGUUUGUAUACAGACAAAAAAUAAGGAAUGUAUGGAAAUCGCAGACACCAUUGUGUGUCAUUAGAUAGACAAUGAUGAAAUUAAUACAGUAGCCAAAAGUUUAUUUAAAACACCAACAGAUACUUCUAGUUUACAAAAUGAGCUUGUUAGUGCAGCUCUGGAAUUAAUUAACUUAGCAAAGAAAACAGUGGAUACCAGCAUACUAGCCACUGCAACAAAACAAGUGAAAACAAUAAAUGCUUUGUUAGAAAUUGGAUCAAAUUUGAAUGAGCAAGAACUUAACAUUCCAGUUGCAAUGAAAAGGGAACCAGCAAAUAAAAACAUUUCCAAACAAAUGCAGUUCUUUUCUACAAAAAGAAGUCACAAUAAAUCUAAGGCUUAUGCUAAUUAAAUAUUCCCGUUCCUUUGUUACCUGCACAAACAGUUCCAAUUUUAAUGUAAUUUUACUAUUUUUAAAAAAGCAUGUUAGAAUUAAAGAAACUCAUUAAACAGCACACCCAAAUGACAUCAUCUAAUAAACUACCCUGUUGUUUAAUCGAAAACAAGUAAUUGUAAAAAUGAUUACUUCUUUUUUCUAGUUAAUAGAUUUAUAAUUACGAUUUUUGUAGAUCUAUUAAA